GUCAUUGAAAUCAGUUAUUAUAAUUGAAUUUCUAUUCGUUUUAUUAUUUUCCAUUUAAUCAGAAGAAGAAAAAUAAGAAUGUCCAGAAUACACUUUAACCCACCACCACCAAACGGUGGACAAAUGCAAUCGUCAUCAUCUGAAAAUAAUCCAGACUUUCUCGGUCUUCCACCGUCAAGUGAACCAAGUGAAUCCAACGAAUCAUCUGAAGAUAAUGAAACUGACUUUCUUGGCCGACGACCGUCGCGUGAACCAAGUGAAUCUAACGAAUCAUCUGAAGAUACUGAAACUGACUUUCUUGGCCGACGACCGUCGCGUGAACCAAGUGAAUCUAACGAAUCAUCUGAAGAUACUGAAACUGACUUUCUUGGCCGACGACCGUCGCGUGAACCAUCUGAAUCAUUUUCAGACCAGUCGAAUCGAGGCAAUCAAGGAACUGUAACAGUUGAGAGACCAUCAAGACCAAAACGACCUCAAGGACCACCACUACCAAAGUAUCCAAUCCGACGCAAUUAUAAGCCAUUUUUGAAGAAUAUUAUAAGAUUACAACGAGGCCAUAACUUGUUGAUUCCUCGUUUGCCCUUUCAACGAUUGGUUCGAGAGAUCAUGCACGAGAUAAAUCGAGAAAUUCGUCUUCAAUCAACUACAUUGGAAGCAUUGCGGGAAAGUACCGAAAUGUUUAUGGUUUCAGUGCUUGAAGAUGCAUACGUAAUUUGCCGGCAUUGCAAACGGGUUACGGUAACGGAUAAACACAUAAAGCUGUUGGCGGCCGUUGACCAUACAAGACAACCUCUUAUGUAUGAAAACAUAAAAUUUUAA